UAUCACAUUUGAAACAUCAGCAAAUUUCAGUUGGGGAGACAUCACGGAGUGUUGUAAGAAAAAACCGCACUUCCCAAACAAAAACCAGUUUUUCAAACACUUCUUCCACUUUCACGUGACAUUUUUGACUCACUGUUCUCAGUCUCCGCCAGCUGCUCCGCAAUUCCCACCACCACCACUAUAUUCCCUCCGCCCCACCAUUCAGCCACCGCCACCCCUUCCCAAACACCAAAUGCCUCCCAAUCACUGCCACCCUCCACCCACAACCACCCAUUCUUCAAACACAACUCACUCCUUUUAGUCCCGACUGACUUUGAAAACGCUAGUCAAAUCACCAACAUGCUACAAAACAUCUGCUACCUCCUUUUCGUAGUGUCUGUUCUCAGCUUCUCCUCCACGACCAUUUGCAUCGGCGGAGAUGCUGACUCGAUGACCUCGCUUCCGGUCGACGCUGUCGCACUGCUAGCAUUCAAGUCGGGGGCAGACUUAGAUAACAAACUCCUCUACACUACGAACGAACGCUUCGACUACUGUCAAUGGCGAGGGGUCAAAUGCGCCCAAGGCCGUGUUGUUCGCUACGUCGUUCAAAGCUUCGGCCUCCGGGGCACCGUUCCGGCCGCCACCCUCAGCCGCCUCGACCAGCUCCGGGUACUUAGUCUACAAAACAACUCUCUCUUCGGCCCCCUCCCUGAUUUCUCCCCUCUCAUCAAUCUCAAAACCGUCUUCUUAGACCACAACUAUUUUUCCGGAACCUUUCCUCUCUCCAUUUUGUCGCUCCACCGUCUCUUGCUUCUUGAUUUGUCGCACAACAACUUCACCGGUAUCCUACCGGGAAAUCUGACGGCGUUGGACCGCUUGGGUUAUCUCCGCCUGGAUUCGAACCGGUUUUACGGGCCUAUUCCUCCGUUGAAUCAGACAACGCUGGAAGUGUUCAACGUUUCAAAUAAUAACCUCACCGGUCCAGUCCCCGUCACCCCAACUCUCAAAAAGUUCAAGAUUUUUUCGUUCAUGUAUAAUCCGAAUCUAUGUGGGGAGAUUAUUAACAAGCCCUGCCACGAUUCCCCUUUCUUUAACUCAUCUUCCGGCGGCGCCACCGCAACAUCACCACCGACGCCGCUUCUGCAGAAUGCGCAGUCACAGCGAGGUUUGAGUGAUAGUUCUCAUGCGAAAAAGCAUCAUAAAAACGUGGGCUUAAUUUUAGGAUUUAUAACAGGGGUUCUAAUCCUAACAGCAGCUGUUCUGAGUCUCGUGGCUUUAAUCAGGAAAAAAAGAGAAGAAAGCGAAGAAAGACAGCAGCUUGACGGAAAAGUAGAUACUAAUUUCACUGAAGAAACCACAAAGACCAAAUCUCCAAAGGACACAACUUUCUUCCCACACCAAGCUGAAAAUGCUAAUCCUCAUGAAAACUCUGAAUCCAAGAAACUGAAAUCUGAUCCUCAGCAGAAAAGAUUGACGAAAAGUGGAAAUUUAAUAUUUUGUUCAGGGGAGGAAGAAGUGUACACAUUGGAACAGUUAAUGCGGGCAUCCGCCGAGCUACUGGGAAGAGGCACCAUUGGUACAACAUAUAAAGCUGUCAUGGUCAAUCAGCUGAUUGUCUCUGUGAAGAGACUGGAUGCAUGUAAAACCGCCAUUACCAGUGCAGAGGAAUUCGAGCAACAUAUGGAAACCGUUGGCGUGCUGAGGCAUCCCAAUCUGGUUCCUGUCAGAGCUUACUUUCAGGCUAAACAGGAAAGGUUGAUUAUCUUCGACUAUCAGCCCAAUGGGAGUCUCUUCAGUCUUAUCCACGGUUCAAGAUCAGCCAGGGCGAAGCCUCUGCACUGGACAUCGUGUCUGAAAAUUGCAGAAGACGUCGCUCAGGGCCUCGCCUACAUCCACCAAGCAUCAAAACUCGUCCAUGGGAACCUCAAAUCUUCCAAUGUUCUACUGGGUUCCGAUUUUGAGGCCUGCAUCACGGAUUACUGCCUCGCCAUUCUUGCAGACACCUCAUCAGACGACGAUCCUGAUUUUGCCGGCUAUAGGGCCCCUGAAAUCCGAAAUUCUGCACGCAGAGCCACUCCCAAAUCCGAUGUGUACGCUUUUGGUGUCCUCUUACUAGAGCUGCUGACGGGCAAGCCGCCAUCCCAGCACCCGUUCCUUGCGCCUCCCGACAUGGCCGAUUGGGUCCGAGCAAUGAGGGACGACGAUAGUGAGGACGAUAUGCGGCUUAGAAUGCUAGUCGAGGUGGCUAGCAUUUGUAGCUUGACGUCGCCAGAACAGAGACCGACCAUGUGGCAAGUGUUGAAAAUGAUCACAAAUAUAAAGGAGAUCAUGGAUGAUAGCCAUGGUGGUUAUUCUUGACCUGGGAUUCUUGCACUUGGGAAAGAAUUGGGCUAUAGAGGGGAUAUUGGCCCUUUUCUCGAGGGCUCCAAGCUUGGAAAUUAUUGGGCUGGGCUCAACUUUAAUAUUUUUACUUUUGUGUUUUGCUUUCCAAGAAUAUAUUCUAACAAAAUUGAUUUUUAUAAAAUUAAUUCCAACA